AUGGAAGCAGACCCCUUGCUGGAUGGUUAUCCAGAGAUCGACAAACCCUCUUGCCAGCUUCUAGGGCCAACCGCGCUCGUCGUGCAAGCUCUUAUGGGGAUUCUCGUUGUUCUUUCUCUGGUAUAUAAAAGGCAUAGAGAGGCUCAUAAACGACCAUGGCGAAUAUGGCUUUUCGACGUUUCGAAACAAAUCGUUGGCCAAAUGUUCGUUCAUGGGGUGAACGUCUUUAUAUCAGACUUUGUCUCGCAAGCAACAGAAGGCAACGCUUGUGUCUUCUACUUUCUCAACAUCUUAAUUGAUACCACGAUCGGCGUCGGCAUGAUUUAUAUAAUUCUACAUCUUCUCACAUAUCUAUUCUCCGAAAAGUUUAACUUGAAGGGCUUUGAAUCUGGGGUUUAUGGUAACCCACCUUCCCUCACCUAUUGGUAUCGACAAGCCGCAAUCUAUGUUCUCGCUUUGACAUCGAUGAAAUUCAUUGUAAUUCUGCUCUUGAUUUUGUUCCCUGGUAUCUUUAGGAUAGGCGAAUGGCUGCUCAGUUGGACGUGGACUGGGGAUGGAGAUGCACUACAAGUCAUAUUCACUAUGGGACUAUUCCCUAUCAUGAUGAACAUUCUACAAUUCUGGCUCAUUGAUUCUAUCGUUAAAGCUAGCACC